CCGGGCUAACCCUGCUCCUCGCUGAAGAUGGAGGAAGUAAAAACAGGAUUACCCUUAGCUACAGAUCCACUGCCUUAGUUUCCACCACCCACCGCAGUGCACAAACACACGUUAGGCACAGGAAAGAAAGACAGAGAGAGGACACACUAACAGUAAACACAAACAAAAGGGUGAUGGGAUUAUUUUACUGCAUGCACUGCUGAGCACUGCACUUUGACUAUGGAAACAGAGGCUAUCGAUGGCUAUAUAACAUGUGACACUGAGCUUUCACCUGAAAGGGAGCACUCCAACAUGGCAAUUGACCUCACCUCAAGCACACCCAAUGGACAGCAUGCUUCCCCAAGUCACAUGACAAGCACAAAUUCUGUAAAGCUAGAAAUGCAGAGUGAUGAAGAAUGUGACAGGAAACCCCUGAGCCGUGAAGAUGAUAUCAGGGGCCAUGAUGAGGGGAGCAGCCUAGAAGAACCCCUAAUGGAGAGCAACGAGGUGGCUGACAACAGGAAAGUCCAGGAGCUUCAAGGCGAGGGAGGAAUCCGGCUUCCGAAUGGUAAACUGAAAUGUGACGUCUGUGGCAUGGUUUGCAUUGGGCCCAAUGUGCUUAUGGUACAUAAAAGGAGUCACACUGGUGAGCGCCCCUUCCACUGUAACCAGUGUGGCGCUUCUUUCACUCAGAAGGGCAACCUUCUGAGACACAUCAAGUUACACUCCGGAGAGAAGCCGUUCAAAUGUCCUUUCUGUAGCUAUGCUUGUAGAAGAAGGGACGCUCUCACAGGACACCUCAGGACCCACUCUGUGGGAAAACCUCACAAGUGCAACUACUGUGGACGGAGCUACAAGCAGCGCAGCUCCCUGGAGGAGCACAAGGAACGCUGCCACAACUAUCUCCAGAAUGUCAGCAUGGAGGCUGCCGGCCAGGCCAUGAGUCACCACGUACCUCCUAUGGAAGAUUGUAAGGAACAAGAGCCUAUUAUGGACAACAAUAUUUCUCUGGUGCCUUUUGAGAGACCUGCUGUCAUAGAGAAGCUCACGGCAAACAUGGGAAAACGUAAAAGCUCCACUCCACAAAAGUUUGUGGGGGAAAAGCUCAUGCGAUUCAGCUACCCAGAUAUUCACUUUGAUAUGAACUUAUCGUACGAGAAGGAGGCUGAGCUGAUGCAGUCUCACAUGAUGGACCAAGCCAUCAACAAUGCAAUCACCUACCUUGGAGCUGAGGCCCUUCAUCCUCUGAUGCAGCACACGCCAAGCACAAUCGCUGAGGUGGCCCCAGUGAUAAGCUCAGCUUAUUCUCAGGUCUAUCAUCCAAAUAGGAUAGAAAGACCCAUUAGCAGGGAAACCUCUGAUAGUCAUGAGAACAACAUGGAUGGCCCUAUCUCUCUCAUCAGACCAAAGAGUCGACCCCAGGAAAGAGAGGCCUCUCCCAGCAAUAGCUGCCUGGAUUCUACUGACUCAGAAAGCAGCCAUGAUGACCACCAGUCCUACCAAGGAAACCCUGCCUUAAAUCCCAAGAGGAAGCAAAGCCCAGCUUACAUGAAGGAGGAUGUCAAAGCUCUGGAUGCCACCAAGGCUCCUAAGGGCUCUCUGAAGGACAUCUAUAAGGUUUUCAAUGGAGAAGGAGAACAGAUAAGGGCCUUCAAAUGUGAGCACUGCCGUGUCCUUUUUCUAGACCACGUCAUGUACACCAUUCACAUGGGUUGCCAUGGCUACCGGGACCCACUGGAAUGCAACAUCUGUGGCUAUAGAAGCCAGGACCGUUACGAGUUUUCAUCACACAUUGUUCGAGGGGAGCACACAUUCCACUAGGCCUUUUCAUUCCGCAGGGGACUCCUAUGAAGUAAAGAACUGCACAUGAAGAAAUACUGCACUUACAGCCCCCUUCCCUCAGAUGUUGACAUGCAUUUUCUAAUACUAUUCCCGUCAAUAAUUCUUACUUUGUGGAUGCAGUGUCAUUUGCUCUGCUUAAUUACAAUAAGGAAGAAAUGGAAGAGAGAAGGAACAGGGAUGUUGUCUCCUGAUAACUUGGCUUAUUUUGUGGGAAUUUAAAGCAGUUCAUUUCUGCCAUGCAUAGAUAUUAAGGCAUAUCAUGCUGUGGAAAAAAAAUCACUUGAUUUAUAGAUUCACCUAAGAUAUUCUAAUUUGCCACCUGGUGUUCAGGAUUGAUUAAAGGCAGGAAAGUAGAGUACUCUGGGUAGGACUUUGGCAAUUUGAAAUGGUACAAGUAAUUUUACUCUUCACAGAAGAACAUGUUUCAAAAUUAACCCAACUUUUGUUCUUAGAGAUUAUGGAAUACAAACAUGAUGUUAUUUUCAGUGAUAACUCGAUGAGUUGUGGGUUCUAUGUUUACCUCUCUAAGGAAUUUAUAAUUGAAUAUGUUUUACACUGUACCAUAUAAUAGCAAAACUUUUAAACUACAGGUAGUUAAGGGCCAUGACAAUACAUCUGAGGUCCUUUGAUCUUAUUUUUCUAAACUUAAGCACUGUUUUCCAUAGUUUUGAUGACUGGCAUUUUAUAGACACCUUGACAGCCUUACUUUUAACACCUGUAACAGAUAGUAUUUUUAUGUCAUUUUCAGAAUAACAGAUGGUCUAAGAGUGGGCAAGAGGCAGUCAGUAAUUUCCAGGAGGGAAUUCCACUUUUAAUAAAUUUAUUUGAGAUUUUUGUUUCUCAAGUUGUAAUAUGAUGGCAGCAUAGUAUGCACAACCUCUCUAAAAGUAUGCUUACAGUUGUCACUUUAUCGGCAUUUAAUCAGUGUUAAACAGUCAGCAGAAAAAUAUGAUUAGGCUAACAAUAGAGGGAAAUCCCACCCUGAGAAUCCUUUUCUGGCAUUUCUCUUUUCUCUCAUUUUCCAAGCUGUGACCACUCAGUGUUCUAUCUAUAAUCCAUUCCUCUUUUCCUCUUGGAGUAGAAGGUCUUAAAAGUCUUGCUCUAGGCUGCUUCUUUCAAAAUCACCUCAGAGCAACUGCUAAUUGGACCUGAAUGUGGUAACUUGAACCCUAUAAGGUUAUUGAACUAGGGCUAUUUAUUCUAGUAUUUCUUCAGUAAUAAUAUUUACUACUUUUGCUACAGAGAAAAGGGAAUUUCUUUGUAACCUGUUCAUAGGACUACAGGUCAAGCAAAGAAACAACAGAAUUUUCUCUUAACCAUCUUGGAGUCUCGAAUGUGGCAGAAUCUUUAGGUGAAGGUUCUGCCCAGUCAACUCCUUCAAUCCUCUUCAGAAAUGAAUCUUAGUACAGAGUUUUCCUUCUUUUAGUCCCAUACUUGAUGUGUUUGCAUGUGCAGGUUUUAAUUUCAUGUCUGUGAGUGCCUGCCUUUUCUUCACAGUCUUAACAGCAUGGUGGGGGGGGGGGAUUGAGUGUGUGGUUCUUAAGUCAUUUGGGGUACAUAACUUGGGGCUGUGUUUGAGAAAAACAGGUCCGACCAUGACUGGAUUAUUUGAUAACCAUUUGUCAAUGCUAAAAUUGUGCUAAGUAGCAAAAACCUAUUCAAAAACAUCAUUAAAUAGGGUGCUGAAAUUUCUUAACUACAGUGUGAUUUGAGGAGUAUCAAGA